AUGCAUCAUGAGUUUUAUUUGUUCUUCAGUUCUACAGCCAAGAUAAGAAGUGAAGUUCUGUCCCCUUUUCGAUCUCUUCGGAUGUUCUUUUAUCUUUCUUUUAUUGCAAGUGGCAGUAUAGGAGGACUAAUAGCUGCCACACAGUUAAUUGCUGCACUAACAAAUCCAGCACGAGCAGCCCAAGUCCCUGAACUUGUCAAAGGUCUGGCUAUAGAUAUUGGUGCAGUAUCCAUUUUUGCGUUCCUUUAUUCAAGGGAUAAUAAAGCUAAGAAUGCAGAAUUGGCUAAACUUUCAAGAGAGGAAAGCUUAUCAAACCUGAAACUGCGUGUGAACGAAAAGAGGACUAUCUCUGUUAGUACUUUGAGAGGGGCUGCUCGGCUUGUAAUCUGUGCUGGUCCUGCAUCCUUCAUUGAGCAAGCUUUUAAAACAAGUGAACCAUUCACCGAAAGCCUUUUGGAUCGAGGAGUGCUUGUGGUGCCUUUUGCUACCGAUGGUAAUUCACCAAGUUUUGAUUUUGAGGAGAGUGAGGAGAAAAAAGAAUUAACUGCAAGAAGGAAGAGGCUAUGGCAGCUGGCUCCAGUUUAUGUUUCUGAAUGGUCCAAAUGGUUAGAUGAACAAAAGAAGCUGGCUGGUGUUUCCCCAGAAUCUCCGGUUUACUUAUCUCUACGAAUGGAUGGCCGUGUUCGUGGCAGUGGAGUUGGUUACCCUCCUUGGAAUGCUUUUGUUGCACAACUGCCACCAUUGAAGGGCAUGUGGUCGGGUAUCCUUGAUGGCAUGGAUGGAAGAGUCCUUUAAAUGAAGGACCGGCUUUGGUUCCAGUUAGAGAGAAGGGAGACUUAAAGAUGAAAGUGAUUGAUCUUCAAGUGCUUUGACUAUGUUGACUUGUUUGCAUUGAUAUGUACUAACUUGAAUAAAUCAUUACCUUGAGUAGCCUCAACAUGACAAACCAUGGUCUUUCACGGAUACACACACCCCUUGCUAGGAGUUUGCCUCACAUAAUAUAUACAUAUUUUCCAUAUCCAGUAUGUAGACCAUGGAAUUUUACUUUGGGAUCAAGAUGGAUGAGAAUUCAUGUCUAGCUUA